GUACCUAAGUGAUGAGGGUCUUGCAGAUAUACAAGAGAAUCUUGAAAGCGAACGCCCAAGCACUGAAGAAAUUAUGAAAGUAGCCUUAAACAUAGAUCUUAGACAAGUGAGCCGUGGAAUUUUACCUCGUGAUGUUUCAGAAAAAAAAGAAAUAUCUGGGCCAUUA